AUGGGCAUGGGUAUGGAAUUGAUAUGGUAUGAGUAUGGAAUGGAUAUGGCUAUGUGUAUGGGUAUGGGUAUGGGUUUGGGUAUGAGUAUGAUACAGGACAGUCCAAGACCAUUCCCACAGUCGUCCUGCAGGUCACCACUCCUUGGUGUUUGCAACCUUACUGCAUGGGUGUGCAAGCAACGUGCAGUGGACACUGCCAAUGUCUCACCUCCAAGAGGCCAAGCCUCCCACCAGAGACAGGAAUCUCUGUCUCCUAUUACCACAGGCACACUGAAAAGUUUUGCAGCUCCGAGACCCGUUCCAGGUACACCUGAUGCCAACUCUAUGCCAGUGCCACUUGUGUGCACUGAGCAGUGCCAUGCUCCAUCCAGCAAGGACGUCGAGCCCCCACAAACUUCACUCUCUGCGCCUGGCCCCGAGCUAGUGCUGGUGCCCAACCUUAACCUCAUCACCAAUCCUCCUAUGGGAGAUCCUCCAACCUGCAUGGAGCUUAUCACAGCCCAUUGCCCAUCUCCAGUCCAUGAUUCUUCUCUUCCAUCACCUCCAUCAGCUGAGGAUGAACCUCUGGCAGAGCUCACCAUUACACCUUCACUGGAUGACCAGGAAUUCCUCAGCCAGGAGUCAGACUCAAAGUUUACCCUUACAACGGCUGUCACAACAGCCAGAGUGUGUUUGCCUGUAGCCUCUGGGACUACCACUGCCUCUGCUCCUGAUGUCAUUUCUGGUCUUUCCCCAGAGUCGGUGCCUCCGUCACCUCCUAGGACUGGUGUAGCCAGACCCUGGAGGAACUAG